AAAAAUAAAAAAAUAUUAAUGAAUAUUCAUGACAUGCAAUUAAACUUCCAGAGCGACAGGGGGCCGAAACCCAAAACUCAAUACGAGAAAUGCCGUGAGUGGAUCAAAAAGUGUGGGAGGCCCCAAUCGCAGAUGAAUGUCUCGACGAUAACCAAGAACACUUACAUUUGCUCCAAGCAUUUUGUUAAUGGACAGCCGACACACGACUUCCCCAAUCCCAUUGCUGCUCUCCCGGGGUCAGUUCGUACGCGGGAGCAUCAGGGGGGUUGCCGGAGGUCUCCACGGAAAAGAAUCAGGUGUGACCAGCCGGAAACGAACACCUCAUUCUCCACCGAGGACACAUCACUACAGUGUGACUUGACCAACAACAGCGAAGAUCUCGACAACCAAGAGGAACUGAGUCUGCAGCCAAGCCGUGAAGCCAACCAAGAGGAAUUGAGAACUCUUCAGGAUGCAUUAACUGCACAAAAGCAGGAGAUAAUUACUCUGAGGGUUAAGCUUGAGGCAAAGGACAGGGAACUCCACCUUCAGAAGUGCACAGACUUAAACCCUGAGAUAUUGAACAUAAGCCAUGUGCCUGAUUAUUUCAAAUACUGCACAGGUUUUACCUAUGACCAGUUUAAUGUCUUGUGUAAUUUGUUUUCCAUUCCAACUGACCCAUAUGCACCACAAACACAGAUUCCACUGACAUAUAAAAAGAUUGAUAAUGAGAUCUCAAAACUUACGCUGCGCAGUCAAUUGUUACUGACACUGAUGAAAUUUAGACAAAAUUGGGACCACAAAGAUUUUGCAUUCCGCUUCAAGAUUCGUUUACAAAGUGUCAGCACUUUGAUAAACUCCUGGGUGGACUAUAUGUUUGAAAUUCUAGGGAAAUUGUCUGUUUGGCCACACAGGGACGUUAUUUCAGAGAAUAUGCCAGCUAAAUUUAAGGAACAAUUUCCGAACACCUUUGCCAUUCUAGAUGGCACAGAACUUAAAAUUCAGAAACCUAGUUCACUAGUGUUGCAGAGUCAGACUUACUCCACCUACAAGUCUACAAACACCCUUAAGUCUCUGGUGGCAUGUGAUCCACGAGGUGCCCUCAUUUAUGUGUCUGCCCUCUUCACUGGAUCCAUUUCAGACAAGGAAAUAUUCAAUAGGAGCAACAUCAUUGAUGUUUUGAAGGGGUGUGUUCAGUGUGGCUACCUAAAUGUAGGAGAUGGAUUGAUGGUUGAUAAGGGUUUCCUAAUAGAGAAAGAAGUUGAGGAGAUUGGCUUGAAACUUAACAUUCCACCUUUUGCAAGAGCAAACAGACAGAUGCCACAUGCAGAUGUUGAUCUGACAAAAAAAAAAGCCAAGCACAGGGUCCAUGUUGAAAGAGCUAUUGCGAAGAUAAAAAAAAUUAAAAUUGUGUCAGGCAGAAUCCCCAUUUCUCGGCUUGGGAACAUAAAUCAAAUAUGGUAUGUUGUCAGUAUGUUGUCUAACUUCCAGCCACACAUCAUCAAAUAUUAAGGUUUGUGUGGAGAACAGCUAGGGGGUCAUGAUGAAAAAUAAAGAAUAUAUACUGUACUAUACACUGCCUCAUCUCAUUCAUUUACCUGAUGGCUUAGACCACU